UGGUAUAUUUAGUCACUUCUUUUCAUUCUAACUGCUUCUAACUGCUAUCAGUUCACUAGUUGCAUUCACAUUAACAAUGUCACGAUUAUCAUAUACCUACAGAGGUCUUAUUGUGCCAGUGUUAACGCCUUAUAAUCAUGAUGGAUCUCUCAAUUUGGAUGUUAUACCACAAUAUGCAAAAUAUUUGCAAAAAGGAAUUAAUGGUAUACUUGUCAAUGGUACAAGUGGUGAGGGAACAUCAAUGUCUGUUGAUGAACGAAAACUCGUUACUAAAACUUGGGUAAAAGCAGUAAAUACAAAGCAACACUUAAUGAUUCAAGUAGGAGGUGCUCCUCUUCCUGAUGUUAUCGAGCUUGCAAAACAUGCAGAGAAUCUACAUGUAGAUUCUAUACUCUGUUUACCAGAAUUAUAUUUCAAACCUACUACUCCUGAACAAUUAACUGAAUAUUUGGAGAAGAUUGGCAAGGCAGCACCAAGUACACCAUUAUUAUACUACCAUAUUCCCAUGUUCACCAAUGUUAAUAUACACAUGGGACAAUUUCUUGAAUCAAUUGGUGAUAAAAUACCAUCAUUUGUGGGCAUAAAAUUUACCAGUGCUAAUUUAGAAGAGGGUGCACAAGCAUUACAUGCCAAUAAUAAGAAAUUUGUUGUUUUUCUUGGUAAUGAUCAGUUAGUGAAUGCUGCAUGUGCACUAGGAAUGGACUCCUUCAUAUUGACCAGUAUAAAUAUGUUUCCGGAACUUACACUGGAUCUUCUUGCUGCUGGCAAAAAGGGAGAUAUGUUAAAAGCUAAAAAUAUACAGGAAAAACUUUCAAGUAUUGUACACGUUAUAACAAAACAUGGCAAUUGGGUGCAGACUAUGAAAGCAGCAAUGUCUCUUCUUACUGAAAUCAAUGUAGGAUUACCUCGUGCACCACUUAAAUCUAUUUCUUCCGAUGCUCUAACAACUAUGAUAACAGAUUUAACAAAUUUUGGAUACGAAGCCAAACUUAUUAAGCAUAAUUAAAAAUAUUUUGUCCUUCUG